CAGCUGAGUAAGGAGCUUGAAUCAUCGCUGUGCCGCACCUAAAUCCUCACAAGGUCGCUCUACCAUCUUUAGGGCAAAGCAUCGCUCGGGAGAGAUCCUAGCAGCAGCAUCAAUCACAUUUCACAUCACCGCCAGCGAAAGAAAAAAGGAGGGGGAAUUAGGGUUCUUCCCUCCUGGAUUCUAGGGUUUAAAGAAAUAGUCAGUCAAGCUGGGUGAAAUGGACUGGCCAGCUGGUCCGAUCGAUUUGCGCUCUUGGCACGGAUAGUCGCAAAGUAGAUGUAGAUUUUUUCCUGUCAGAGAUUGAUCUUUUGUCAACAUGGCCACCGCGAGUCUUCGUCGUUGCCCAUCAUCCCCUUUUGUCAAUCGCAUUGUGCGCGGACUUCUGGUUGGCACAGUUGGCGGGGGCCGCGAUUUCCACUUGAAAUUCCUCCUCCUCUUCUUCGUCGAUCACCCAGAUCCACCAGAUGGGCAGCGCCGAUCGAUAGCGAGCAGAUCAAUUGGAGCACCCAUCUAUCUGAUUGGAAGAUCCAACUGGUUUGAGCUAUGGAGGAUCGCUCCAAUCUCCUCGUCCACGAGGUGAUCGAGAGGGAAGUGGUGUCAAUCCCAGCGACGCCCAAUGCAUCCACGCCGCCGCUGACGCCCACCGGCAGCCACUGGGCAUCGAUCGCUCCUCCAUUCCAAGGCCACACACCAUCGUCCGGGAUGCUCACGCCGCAGGGGAAUGGGACUUACACUCCCACUCCAUCCAGCACUCGCCCGCCAUCGAAUCUUGGAUCCCCGGCUCGCCAGCAACCCAAUCCAUCCUCGCGCCUCCUGCGAUCGCCCAAGGUGCUCUUCUCGCCGAUUGGAACGCCCAUGAGGAAGGCUCUCACGAAUAUGAGAGCUUAUCUCGAGGAUAUCGGGCAUAUCACCAAGCUCAAUCCCCAGGAAGCGUGGCUCCCCAUCACGGCCUCGCGCAAUGGGAAUGCUUACUACUCGGCGUUCCACAAUCUCAACGCGAGCAUUGGAUUCCAAGCGCUCUUGCUCCCGGUGGCUCUUACGUUCCUUGGCUGGACUUGGGGAGUUUUGGCUCUGGUGGCAGCUUUUAUUUGGCAGCUCUACACACUCUGGAUCCUCAUCCAGCUACACGAAGCUGUCCCUGGCAAACGCCACAGUCGAUACGUCGAGCUCGCUCAAGAAGCUUUUGGACCAAAGCUUGGAGCGUGGCUAGCAAUCUUCCCGGUCGUAAAUCUCUCGGGAGGAACCGCAACCGGGCUCAUCAUCAUCGGCGGUGGAACUCUGGAGCUCUUUUACAGAACCGUGUGCCGGGAUUGCCACGGAGGAUCACUCACAACCGUGGAGUGGUACCUCGUCUUCACGAUCUUGUGUGCUAUCCUCGCGCAGCUUCCAAACCUCAACUCCAUCGCUGGAGUUUCUCUGGUUGGAGCCGUCAUGGCCGUGGCUUACACCACCUUGGUCUGGACGCUAUCCAUCAGCAGGCCGAGACCACCGGGAAUAACGUAUGAUAUCGUCAAGCCGGAUCACACCGCCGGGAACAUCUUCUCGGUUCUCAAUGCUCUCGGGAUCAUCGCGUUUGCAUUUCGCGGACACAAUCUAGUGCUCGAGAUCCAGGGAACGAUGCCAUCCUCUUUGAAACACCCGGCUAAGUCUCCAAUGUGGAGAGGAGCCAAAGUUGCGUUUGCGAUAGUCGCUGCUUGCUACUUCCCGAUCGCCAUCGCCGGAUACUGGGCUUACGGACGAAUGAUGCUUCCCAGUGGAAUUCUCUUCUCCAUGUACGCGCUCCAUCCAGACAUCCCAAGCCCGUGGAUGGCCAUCACCUUCUUGUUCGUCGUCCUCAACUCGAUCAGCAGCUUCCAGAUCUACUCCAUGCCGAUGUUCGACGCGUUCGAGCAGAGUUUCACGGCCAGGAAGAACAAGCCAACGCCUCUCCUCGCUCGCGUUGCCUUCCGCCUCUUCUUCACCUUCUUCGCGUUCUUCGUCGGAGUGGCGCUGCCUUUCAUCUCCAGCUUCGCGGGGCUGCUAGGCGGACUGACGAGCGUCCCCGUGACGUUCUGCUACCCGUGCUUCAUGUGGCUCAAGAUCAAGAAGCCACCGAGGUUCAGCUUCACCUGGUAUCUCAACUGGACGCUGGGGAUCCUGGGCAUUGUUUUUAGCAUCACCUUCACGGCUGGAGGGAUCUGGAGUAUAGUCGACAGUGGUCUCACGCUUAACUUCUUCAAUCCAUAAGAAAAAAUUGGUUUGUUUCUC